GCUCAUCGGAUUCGGUGACUCAAUUUGUACCCUCAGAGUUAUUACAUGUCUUAAUGAAAUAGGUCUUUCUUAUAAAUUAACACCGCAAGCCGGUGGUUACGCUGGUUUAAAAGAUAAGGAUUAUCUCGCUAAUAAACACCCUUUGUAA